CCCCGGCUGGGAGGAAACAGCCAUUCCGAACAGCGCAGCCGUUGCUAACGAUGCGAUGUCCCGUCUUACGGAUGAAUCUUGGGUUUAGGGGCUUCAUGGUGCCGCGGUCACCAAAAACAAGGAAACUGGAGCCAUGGGUUUCCUCUUCAGCCUCGGAUGAGCCGAAAUAAGCUGGACCCACACGAGCCCAGCGAGCUGCCCCGGCCUGCAGGGGGCGCUCCCCUGUCCCCGACACCCUCUCCAGUCAUGGCGGGCUUCAAGCGGGGAUACGACGGCAAAAUCGCCGGCCUGUACGACCUGGACAAGACGCUGGGGCGGGGCCACUUCGCUGUGGUCAAGCUGGCGCGGCACGUUUUCACCGGGGAAAAGGUGGCGGUGAAGGUCAUCGACAAGACCAAGCUGGACACAGUGGCGACGGGCCACCUCUUCCAGGAGGUGCGCUGCAUGAAGCUGGUGCAGCACCCCAACAUCGUGCGCCUGUACGAAGUGAUAGACACUCAGACGAAGCUGUACCUGAUCUUAGAGCUGGGAGACGGGGGGGAUAUGUUCGACUACAUCAUGAAACACGAGGAGGGGCUGAACGAGGAGCUGGCCAAGAAGUACUUUGCCCAGAUCGUCCACGCCAUCUCUUACUGCCACCGACUGCACGUGGUGCACAGGGACCUGAAGCCUGAGAACGUGGUGUUCUUCGAGAAACAAGGACUGGUGAAGCUCACCGACUUUGGCUUCAGCAACAAGUUUCAGCCGGGGAAGAAGCUGACCACCAGCUGCGGCUCUCUGGCGUACUCGGCUCCGGAAAUCCUCCUUGGCGACGAGUACGACGCUCCAGCCGUAGACAUCUGGAGCCUCGGCGUGAUCCUGUUCAUGUUGGUUUGCGGUCAGCCGCCUUUCCAGGAAGCAAACGACAGCGAGACUCUCACCAUGAUCAUGGACUGUAAAUACACUGUACCUGCCCACGUCUCCAGCGCCUGCAGAGAUCUGAUAGACCGCAUGCUGCAGAGGGACCCCAAGCGCCGAGCCUCACUGGAGGAGAUUGAGAGCCACACCUGGCUGCAAGGGGUGGACCCCUCACCGGCCACCAAGUACAGCACUCCUCUGGUCUCCCACAAGAACUUGUCAGAGGAGGAGCACAACAGCAUCAUCCAGCGCAUGGUGCUGGGAGACAUCGCUGACCGGGAGGCUAUAGUGGAAGCCCUGGAGACCAACAAAUACAACCACAUCACAGCAACAUACUACCUGUUAGCAGAGCGGAUCCUGAGGGAGAAGCAGGAGAAGGAGGUCCAGACCCGCUCCUCCAGCCCCAGCAGCAUCAAGGCACACUUCAGGCAGUCCUGGCCGACCAGAAUGGACAUGCAUCAGGACAUAGAGGACUCUCUGGCUUCCUCGUCCAUCUCUCACGCCGGGGGCCCCCAGUCCCCGGCCCGCAGCGCAGAGAGCCUGCUGAACGGACACCGCUCCAAAGGCUUGAUGGACCUGGGCCGGCGGGAGGAGGCCACGGUCACCGACUCAGCUCAGGGAGCCUGUGCAGCAGCACCUUCUGGCCCUGCUGCUGGGACCUUCAGAGCUGCAGGUCCCUCCACAUCAGCAGCUAAGCAGAGGAUCUGUCUGUUCAGGGUGGAGGAAGAUGAAGAGGAGGAGGAAGAGCAGGACCCGUCGCCCCUGCCGACCCAGGUGAUCCUGCGGCGGAAACCCCCCUCCAUCACCAACCGCCUGACCUCCAGGAAGAGCGCCCCGGUGCUCAACCAGAUCUUUGAGGAGGAGGGCGAGUCGGACGACGACUUUGAGAUGGACGAGGGUCUGCCGCCCAAACUCAGCCGGCUCAAGAUGAACAUCGCCGGCGGGGUGGGCGGUGUGGGCUCUGGGGCCACCUCGGCCGCGUCCCCUGGCCCCACACAAAAACGCUACCACAGGCGCAAGAGCCAGGGCCGGGGGUCGUCCUGCUCCAGCUCGGAGACCAGCGACGACGACUCAGAGAGCCACAGGAGGCGCCUGGACAAGGACUCGGGUUUCACCUACAGCUGGAACCGGAGGGACAGCAGCGAGGGGCCCCCCGGCAGCGAAGGAGGUACUGGUGGGGGCAGCAGCUCCGGCCAGGGGAAGCCCCCCUCGGAGGGUGGCGGCUCCUCUGGCCCCGACAGAGGCAGCCCCCCUGGUAACGGGGAGAGGGAAGGUGGCAGCGGUGGAGGGGGUGGCGGUGGGGCCGGAGGGGGCCACCAGGGACAGGACCGACCCUCCAGCUGCUGCAGCAGCUCCACCAAGCCGGCCCUCAGCAUGGCAAGCCGGCCCUCCCGCACAGCGAGCCGCGGCGCCGAGCUGGUGGAGAGUCUGAAGCUGAUGAGCCUCUGCCUCAGCUCGCAGCUGCAGCUGCAGCAACGCAGCGGGCGGGGGGGCCGUGCAGGGGGCGGGACCAAGGUCAUCCUGGACCCCCGGGGCGUCAAAGAGAAACCGACGUGGAGGAUCUGCAUCGGCUCCACCGACAGCCUGGACUCCAUCGGCCUCCCCGCCGCCGGCCUGCCCCGCUCCCACGCUGUGCUGCACCUCCGCCAGAAGGGAGCGCCGCCCGGCAGCAGGGACGCUCACAGCAACAUGAACGGCCUGAAAAACGGCGUGCUGCAACUACCUCUGUGUGAGAAGAGCAUCUCUGUUAACAUCCAGCGUGGUUCCAGAGACGCUCUGCUGUGUACUUCAGCUCCAGCCAGCUGCUGCCAGGUCAUUUGAAGCCCCGCCCCCUCACCCGCUCCACCCAGCUCCUCUGUUUUAAACGCCUGUUUUUACCCCCUUACUUGUACCAUUUUCGCUUGUUUUUUCUUAACCAACUGCACUUUAUCGUUCUUUAGCUGAAUGUCAGAAUUGAGUCCAUUUUGAUAAAGAAGUGAAACCACUGUACAUCGCUUUUUAUACGAGCUUAAAACAGUUCAGAGCUGAAUUUAGGUGAAAUGAUGUCCGUCGUUGGAAGAUCUCUGCUACUUUUUUGGUCUUCAGUUUUCCAGGCCUGGGUCAAAUCUGAACUGUAACGUGGAAUGUUGCACGAUGUGAUGGAAAGCAGAGCUUCAGUCAGAUUCGGGUUCAGAGUUCUGGGACUGGUUUGAGUUUCCAGUCGGACCCGAUUCUUCCUGCUCUGUCAGCCUGUCUAACAUUCAUCUGGUGCUGUUAGGCUCUACAGCUCUGGGAGUUUGAGCUGUUUAGGAACCAGAGCACCAGAACAGGUUUCAUGGUUCAGAGUCAUGAUGAGGUCAGAGGUCAGCUUAGGUCCCACUGACAGGUUGCAGCUUGUCCAGGUAAACAGACAUUAACCACAGCAGCACCAAAGUGUCCUCUGUGUCGCUAUAAACCUUCUGAUUUUACUGUUUUUACCUCUAAUGAGGUAGAAUUACAGGAAGUGUGAUCAUUUGGUUCUGGCCACUUUUAAUCCCAUUUCCACCAAGCUGUUCCAAAUCCUGACCCAGUUAAGAGACGAUGCUGAAACGGAACCAGUGACCCACCAGCCUGCUGUUUGCUGGGCAAAAACUGGAGGAACUGGUUUAACACUGGACCUGGUUCUCGUGGAAAGGCCUGCCGGGAUGUAAAGCCAUAAAUGACAUAAACACGCCCUUUUAGCCUUUAAUAGUAAGCAAACAGCGUAAAGUUCAAAGGUCACCAUGUUUCGUUAACAGCAAGUCCAAGGCUGGCUGGGCUGCCUGGCGUUAGGGCAGCAACUUAUUUAUAUUUUUACUAACAUGUGGAUUCCUUCCAUUAAAACAAUCAUUUUUACAGAAUCUCCCCCAGACACAAACAUCACCACCGUCACUCAUCAGCUCUGCUUUUCCUCCUGUUGCACUCAAGACAAUCUGCAGCUCCUCUUCCUGUCAGACUUUCCUCUUCAGCUUUAAAGCUCCGAUCAGAAUCUACACAUUAUGAACAUGAUCAUAUCAUGUCUAAUAAUUAGAACCAGUCAUUUUGCAGGGCGGGAUUAUUAUACAGCUGCAGGAUAAUUUGAAACAACUGCUUUAAAUUAGUUUCCUCUGAUGCAGGCAGAUU